GAUGGUUGAUUGUGCAACUCGACGGGAAAUGUAGUCAAGUGUGUUCCUCUGUUUCAGCAAGUAUAGAGAAGUUGCAUCAUAGAUAAAUGCUAGGCAUAUAUAUUUACUUCAGUUGAUAUUUCAGCUGCAUCUUCAGACGUAACAUGACAUCGACAAAUGGAGGUCUAAUCAUUACACAGUGACGGUGUAAAUUUAACAGGUUAGUGCAAUAAAAGAUCACAAUCAUGGACGAAGACGAGGGACUUGACAUGCUGAUUGCCCAGAGAAGCCAACGACCAUCUUUUGCUCGUAUGAUAUCUUGGGAGUUCAAUGAUGCAGAUGAAACAAAAGUUGUUUCAACACAAAGACGACAGAGACGGAGGUCUAAACAACAGUCAGGGGAGACAACUCAACACAUGGGGGAGGAUGACCUUGGAGCAUGUGGACAGGAUGACCUUGAUCCUGCACUGAGGUCAGACAUGUCAAGUUUGUCACUUGAGGGAUUAAGUGAUUCUGAUGAAGAGUUCUUUUCAGCAGAAGAAUUCUAUAUUUCGGAUUCAGAACCAGGUACUGGAGAUAGUGUUGUGUCUGCGAGUAUUGAUGGGCAAGAAGAGGCGAAAUGUGUCAGGAACACAGGGGAAGAAUGUGAAAGUGAUGAAGACAGGGUAUUUACAGAACAAAAUGCAAAUUUAAAUUGCAGCUCUUCAAAUAUUAGACCUUCUAGACUUAGCAAAAAACAGAAGAAAAAACGUCGAAAAGAAGUUUGUAUUAUGUACGAAAAUGAACUUCGGCCUUUCAUGGAUAUAGAGUUUGAUGAUAUUGUACCUUCUGAUCGGACUUCAGUUGGUGAAACAUUAGACAUUUCCAAAGAUGUUCCUUCACUAGUCCAACUGUGUAUCAAGUCAGCAUACAAAAUAAACCUAAAAUCUAUGCCAGAACUGCCGAACAAAUUGAAACGCCUUUUUUGUCUAGAUGAAGAUUUCUCACUGCAAAAAUUUCAGUUGUCAUGGUUGCAUUCAACAUUAUCCCGUUUUGAACCCGAAGAGAAAUUUGCAGAUAACUGCAUGUCAAAAGAUGGCAAAGAUAAACCUGCAGAGUUAUUACAUCCGGCUAGAAAUGUUUGGAACAAGAAGUACCGUCUGAACCAUACACCUAAGGAAUAUAAAGGCAGUGAGGUGUCAGCCACACUGCCAUUUACAAUUCUUGAUCAGGCGAGUGACAUGGGACAUAAAAGAGCUAUCAUCACUUGGGCAGUGGUUGCUGCUACUGUGGAGCUGAUGUUGCCACCAUUUUUAUCUGCCGUUGCCUACAGACACCAAUCAGAGAGUGAAGAUGACCGUAUUGUUCAGGCUACCAGGAGUGUGAUGGCUAGACUGAAAUAUGCAAUGAAGAACAGAUUCCCCACUGUGGUGUCUUACUGUUUUGACGAUGUUGUGCCAUAUGCCUUGUGGGCCAGAGGAGACCUCCAUCAAGCGACCAAGUAUUUCAUGUCACUUUCACAGAGUUCAACCAAAG